CCGGGCUUCCGGCCUUCUAUGGAGAAGCUUCCUUCAGUGAGUCCUCCCUUUCCGUUUAAGGCAGCAAGCAGGAGCAGACAGGAGGCGCCGAGAGCCCAGCGUCGGAGAUCUCCGCCGCCAUGGAGACGCUGGCCAGCGCCAUGCGGCGCGAGAACCGCCGGUCCAAGGCCCCGCCCUCCUCCUCUGCUUCCUCCGCCCUCGCCUCGGGCAGGGUCCCUCUCGUCAUGGCCUUCCUCUCCUGCCUCGCCUGGCUCUACGUCGCCGGCCGUUUGUGGCAGGACGCGCAGACCCGGGCGAUCCUGUCCGGCCUCCUCGAGAAGAGCUCUACCAGCGUCCCGAAGGUGCUCUCGGUGGAGGACAAGCUUAGGAACCUUGGGUGCAAGGCGAUUGGAAGGAAAAUUGUUGAGGCGGAGAUGGACCUGACCAAGGCCAAGAGCGAGGGGUACCUGUGGGGGAACAGGACUGCAGCUGUGGACUCCGACAAGAAGCAGCAGCUUCUUGCCGUCAUUGGAGUUUACACUGGGUUUGGCUCCCGUCUCAAGAGGAACGUCUUCCGUGGCUCCUGGAUGCCAAGAGGUGAUGCUCUGAAGAAGCUUGAGGAAAAGGGUGUAGCUAUUCGUUUUGUUAUUGGUCGGAGUGCAAAUCGAGGUGAUAGCUUGGACCGUAAUAUUGAUGAUGAAAAUCGGCAGACAAAGGACUUCUUGAUUCUUGAAAGUCAUGAAGAGGCUGCAGAAGAAUUACCGAGCAAAGCAAAAAUUUUCUUCAGUGCUGCAGUUGAAGCCUGGGAUGCAGAAUUUUAUGUCAAAGUUGAAGAUAACAUUAAUCUUGACUUAGCUGGGUUAAUUGAGAUGCUCGAAGGCCGUCGAGGUAGCCAAGGAUUGUACAUGGGUUGUAUGAAAUCAGGGAUGGUCAUAAGUGAAGAGGGCCAACAAUGGUAUGAACCUGAGUGGUGGAAAUUUGGAGAUUCAAAAACGUAUUUUCGACACGCUUCUGGUUCUUUGUUUAUCCUCUCAAAAAAUUUGGCUCGCUACAUCAACAUAAAUAGUGCGUCACUGCAGAGUUAUGCACACGAUGAUAUAUCAGUAGGUUCAUGGAUGAUGGGACUGAAUGCAACUUACGUGGAUGAUGACCGGUUGUGCUGCAGCAGUUCCAGACAAGAGAAAAUCUGUUCCAAUGCUUGAGCGGAAGGCGUGGCUGCUGGCCUGUUGCUGUACAUCCUGAUGAAGAUUUUGCACACCUGUCAUUUUGUAUACACUGCUUUCGUGAACCGGAAAAGGCUACUAUCCAGAUAGAAACGGCUUGCACCAAAAUUUAGGAACUUCCAUCAAAAAGAAAAAAAAAGAACAAUUUUUUCCAUC